AUGGUAUUUAGGAUAUUGGACUGUUUUAAAUUCAAUAAUUUGUCCUCAGGACCCUGUUCAUGCGUCAAACACCAACUUUGUGGCAAGGAGUGUGUACCAAGUCGUGUGCUCAAAGACUUAUUGGAUUUCUUGGCCGGAAUUCGCUCUGCAUCUCAAAUCACACUACAAAACUUGAAACCUAGAAUCUCAUCUCAGUCCAAGGAGAAAUUUCUUUGGGUUAAAGAUAUCAGGUAUCUUGAUUCACGGAUUGCAUUGCUAAUUCAAAAUACCUCUGGGUUGAUGUAUAGUCUUUUAACUUCAUAG